GGUGCGUCUUUGAAACUGAGGCGCCAGCUGCAAGAAGAUGGCGGCUCGGCCGCGGAGGCAUCGCUCGCGCUUUGCAAAGCAGCCGCGGGGUAACUUUUGUGAUGGCGCUAAGAAGACGAUUGAUGAACCUUCUCUUACGACUUCCAUGGAGUGGGACACGCAGGUGGUGAAAGGGUCUUCGCCACUCGGCCCCGCCGGGCUGGGGCCGGAGGAGCCGUCUUCCGGCCCACGGCUGCCAUGGUGGCUGCAGCCCGAGAGGUGCGCUGUGUUCCAGUGUGCGCAGUGCCACGCCGUGCUCGCUGACUCUGUGCACCUCGCCUGGGACCUGUCGGGGUCCCUUGGAGCCGUGGUCUUCUCCAGAGUCACAAAUAAUGUAGUUUUGGAGGCUCCCUUCCUAGUUGGCAUUGACGGUUCGCUCAAAGGCAGCACUUACAACCUUUUAUUCUGUAGUUCCUGUGAGAUUCCCAUUGGUUUCCAUCUGUAUUCUACUCAUGCUGCCCUUGCUGCCUUGAGAGGUCACUUCUGCCUUUCCACUGACAAAAUGGUGUGCUACCUCUUAAAAACAAAAGCCAUAGUAAACGCAUCUGAGAUGGAUAUUCACAACGUAUCUCUACCAGAAAAGGUUGCAGAGCUGAAAGAGAAGAUAAUGUUAACGCAUACUCGCUUAAAUUCACUUAUGAAGAUUCUGAAGGAAGUGACUCCUGACGAGUCCAAGCCAACAAACUGAUCCAGAAUCAAAGCUUGAGUAUCAUGUUCAGGCCUUAUUGCUGUCUUCAACAACAGGUGCUGUUUGAUCACUUCUCAAGAAAGAUCAGUUUCAAGGAUGGAUGGGAAAUGUGGUUUAUUGUUUACCUCUAGACUGAUUUUCCAAGUGAUUUGUGAAGCUGUUUCUGGAAGAUGAGAAACUGAGACUUCUGUCCAGGUUUCAUAGUUAUUUGUCUUAAGAAUUUAUUUUAGGGGCCUCCCUGGUGGCGCAAGUGGUUGAGAGUCCGCCUGCCGAUGCAGGGGAUACGGGUUCGUGCCCCGGUCUGGGAGGAUCCCAUAUGCCGCGGAGCGGCUGGGCCCGUGAGCCAUGGCCGCUGAGCCUGCGCGUCCAGAGCCUGUGCUCCGCAACGGGGGAGGCCACAACAGUGUGAGGCCCGCAUAGCGCAAAAAAAAAAAGAAUUUAUUUUAGCUUUUUAUCAAUUUCGGAAAACAUUUUGACUGCAAAUUUAGGGAUUAAGAGGCAAUGUCCCAUGAGUGCUCUGAUCUAAAGAUGCAUGUUUGCCCUGAAAAUAGCAUUGUACUUAUGUUGACUAUUAUUCCUACAUGGAGCAACUGUCAUGAAUACUGAGAAUCAUUUUUUUCUUAUGUGAAAUACGGGUACAUACAUUUUCUGUAGGUUAUGUUCAGUAAGUUAACUGCAUAAUAUAUAUUUAUCUUUCCCUUUUCUGUUGUAAACUGAGCUUAACAGGAUGAUAAUGAAAGGAAUGAUAAAAACAUCAAACAUUUACUGAAAUGCUUUCUUUUGCUUUAUGUAGCACUGUGGCUCAGUAGCUCAUCAUAUUAUUCAUUUAAUAAAUAUUUAUAAAGUAUAAAUAUUUAUUAGCUGCUGGGGAUGAAAGAUAAGCAAAAUCAGCUACUCUGUAUCCUCAGUUUAUAAUGUAGUCAAGAGAUGGGACACUCAAAUAACCACAUGAAGACAUUUAAAAUUACAACUGUAGUAAGGGUUCUGAAGAAAAGGGACAUAGAGAUAUAAGCACAUAUAGCAAGUAACUGACCUGGUUUGGGGGUCAGGUAAGGCCUCUCUGUGGAAGUAAUGUUUCAGCAGUGGUCUGAAAUAUGAGUAGGCGUUUAAUAAGCUGAUGAAGAGAACAGUCUAUACAAAGGCCCUUAAAAAGACCUGUAGGAGUUACAACGGUGUCCAGAAACCAGCGGCUGCAAGGUCUUAUCAGCCUUCCAAAGGAUGUUUGUUUUUCUCCCAAGAACGUUGAAGACUAUUAAAGGAGGCCUGUGACAGGAUCAAGUUUUCGUUUUCAGAACCUCAUUAGGGUUGUCCUAUGAGAAUGGGUGGGAGGGCGGCAAGCAGACCACCAAGGAGGGGCUGGCACUAGCUCAAUCAAGAGAUGAUAGCCAGGUGGUGGUGCACAGAGACGUUAAUGUGGUUCCGAUGUGGCCAGCAGAUUUUUUUUUUUUUUGCUGUGCUGCACAGCACGUGGGAUCUUAGUUCCCUGACCAGGGAUCGAACCCACACCCCCUGUAUUGGAAGCGCAGUCUUAACCACUGGACCACCAGGGGAGUCCCCAGUGGCUAGCAGAUAUAAGAGCAGAUUCUUUCCAUUUUAGACUGCAUAUAGGAUAUUUUCCUUUAAAACUAUUUGAGAGAGAAAAUUCUGGCUCGCUUUAUGCUUUUGAGUUGCAAAAUUUGGUUAAGUAAGGGCAAAGCCUCUGGCAACAACCAGUACCAGAAAAGCUCUUUCUACUCCUAAAGAAUGAGACCUAAUAAUAAUACUACAUUGAAUCACCCUGGGAUUCUUACUGCGUAUGGGUAUGUCUGCCUCAACUCAACAUAUUUCCUUUCUUUAAAAAGCUGUUCUUACGUAGCUAUUUUCCUUAACCUCUGGAUUUGCUGUUUUGGUAGACUUUCAAUAGAAAAUUAAAUGCUUGAACUUGACAUCAAAUUAAGCUGGCUGGGGCUUCCCUGAUGGCGCAGUGGUUGGGAGUCCGCCUGCCGAUGCAGGGGACACGGGUUCGUGCCCCGGUCCGGGAAGAUCCCACAUGCUGCGGAGCGGCUGGGCCCGUGAGCCAUGGCCGCUGAGCCUGCGCGUCCGGAGCCUGUGCUCCGCAACAGGAGAGGCCACAACAGUGAGAGGCCCGCGUACUGCAAAAAAAAAAAAAAAAAAAAAAAAAAAAAAUUAAGCUGGCUGGUUUAAAAUAUUUUUUUAUCUCAAAUACAAAUUACAUGUUUACUCUAGAAAAAAAUUCAGAUAUAGAUGUGUGACAAAGGAAAGGGUAAAAGUACACUUCCCCUUACAUUUCUGAGAGGCACAAUGUAGCAUGCUGGGAGCCAAAUGAUUUAGAUUCAGAUUGUGGCUUGGUUACUUAUUAGCCAUGAACUUGAAGAAUUAAACUCUUCUUGUAAAAUAGGGAUUAAAAACUAACUAGGGCUCUAGUGAGGAUUAAAUGAGUUAAUGAAUACAUCUAAUGUAAUUAAGAGUAACGCUUAAUAUUAAGUGCUUAAUAAAUGCUAGCUAUUAUAACCUUCAUGCGUGUGGACAGACACAGACAUAAAAGGCAAUUAUAUUUUUCACAUUAUUCUGCAGCCUGCUUCUCAAAUAAUACAUGUCACAGACAGCUUUCUAUACCAGGCCUCACAAAUUACUUAACACCUGCAUAUGAUUCAAUCAUGAAUACAUCAGAAUUUAACCAUUGUUUUAUUGGAUCCUUGUCAUGUCUUUGCGUAUCUGUCUUGGUAUUUCUGUAGGAGUGAUUCUUAAAGUGGAACAGAGUCAAAGGGCAUGUGCAUUUACAAUUUUGAUAUUAUGCCUUCCAUAAAUGUUGUACCAAUUGUACUAAUACUCUCACUAAUGGGUGACUUUUUUAAACAAGGCCUUAGUGGUAUAAAAGCUCCUCUGGAAGUCUAUAACAUCAAUAAUGACUGGCUGAUAUUAACAGAUUCUAAGGCUAGUUAUCAUUUAGCAUUGUGUAUAUGUUGAAUAAAAGUGUUUUCAAAAUUCCAUGUAUUUAUGAGAA